AGAUCAGUAAUAAUAAUCUUCCCUUUGAAAAUAGGUCGGUCAGACAUAAAGAUUAAGAACAUUACUGACCUAUCCCAGAAGACACUGAGAAUUGCUGAUCUUCAGGGUAAAACAAGUUACCAUCUGGUCCUGCGAGCCUACACAGAUGGUGGCAUGGGCCCAGAGAAGAGCAUGUUCGUGGUGACGAAGGAAAAUUCUGUGGGGUUAAUAAUCGCCAUUCUCAUCCCAGUGGCCGUGGCUGUCACCGUGGGAGUGGUCACGAGUGUCCUUUGCUAUCGGAAACGAGAAUGGAUCAAAGAAACCUUCUACCCUGAUAUUCCAAAUCCAGAGAAUUGUAAAGCUCUGCAGUUUCAGAAGAGUGUCUGUGAGGGAAACAGUGCUCUCAAAACAUUGGAAAUGAAUCCUUGUACCCCAAAUAAUGUUGAGGUUCUGGAAACUCGAUCAGUGGUUCCGAAAAUAGAAGACACGGAAAUAAUCUCUCCGGUAGCCGAGCGGCGGGACGAGAGCUGUGAUGCAGAUGCCGAGAACCACGUGGUCGUGUCCUACUGCCCCCCUGUCAUUGAGGAGGAAACGGCGCAGCCGGGCGCCGAGGAGGCCGGAGGGACCUCUCAGGUCGUGUACAUCGAUAUCCAGUCUAUGUACCAGCCUCAGGCGAAACCAGAGGAAGAUCAAGACAGUGACCCUGUCGGGGGCGCCGGCUAUAAGCCCCAGAUGCACCUGCUGGUCCCUGCUACUGGGGCAGACCUCGGCGCGGAGGACGACUUAGAUAAAACUGCUGGUUACAGACCUCAGGCAAAUGUCAAUAACUGGAACUUAGUGUCUCCAGACUCUCCCAGGUCCACAGACAGCACCAGUGAAACGGCCUCUUUCGGAAGCCCCUGCUCCAUUAACUCCAGGCAGUUUUUGAUCCCUCCUAAAGACGAAGACUCCCCGAAGUCGAACGGGGGAGGGUGGUCCUUCACAAACUUUUUUCAGAACAAACCCAACGACUAACAGCGUCGCCGCGUCACUUCAGUCUGCCAUCUCAGUAAGCUCUCCGUUCCGGCGCUCCUGGGCCAGCACUGGGCGUCUUGGAGGGAUCCUGUGAAGUACUGUUGGCGAGGAGGACCUUCCCGCACGCAAGUCACACUCCAAGUGUCCCUGUGCUUUCAGUGUAGUCUCACAGCCCAAGUAGAGUCACUCAGAGAUUCGGUCCAUGCAGCUCAAGUCUUGGAGCGACCCGUGAUCAGAGCCAGAGAGUUCCCACGUGCUCUCCCUUCAGGAAGCACUUCCCGGCGGAUACCGUCCGGUCCGCACACGCAAAACAAGUCCCCCAGCCGCGUGUUCUGUUCUGCUAGUGGUUUUCUCAUACGGAUGCUGUGGAAUUGCGAGCCGAUUACAGGCACGGGAGAAAGACGUCAGAGUACCAGAUGAUGUUUAUUUGCCUGACACUUGCUCCAUUCUAGAUGAAAACCAAGCACAGAUUUCAGAACUUUCAACAUGAGUCUCCUCUGUCCACAGCAUUUACAAAAAAUUAAUAUAAUUUCUGAUGUAGUGACCGCUAUGUAGUGUUUUGUUUGAUACAAAGUAUGCUGAUUUCUGUGCCUACUGUAUAAUGGUUUUCAGACAGUUUUCUCAGGGGUACAAACUUUGAAAAUGAGCAUGACACUGACCAGCCCAAAUUACAAUCAUGUUGUCUUUGCUUUGGGAGGUUUUGCAAACCUUUUCCUUACCCUGUAGCUUGCAUGUGAACUUCCUUUAUUGCAUUUGGUUGCGCUGACGUUUAAGACCGAAUUCUCUAAGCCUGGAGACCUGAGGUUUUUUUAAAAACUGGUUUUCUUAUGACACAGUGUCCAUGUUACACGAGCAAAUCCAACAUUACUGAGAAACAGAAUUGCAGUGAUUGUUUGAGGGGACACCUGCACAAACGCUCGCUGCGUUAGCUGUCUGUAGGGUUCCGACUAGCUUCAGCGCCUCCCCAGGACACAGGGCAGUGGUGACCUUUGACACCUCGUAGCGAAGGUUCCUUCUGAUCAGGCAUUUUGGCAGUUUUGCUUUUGAAAUGAUCAUCAGUCUAGACUGUUUAAACACAGUCUUCAGAUUUUUAAAUCUAAAACUUAGAAGGUGAUGCCUUCUCCAGGGACAGUUCCUCAAGGGCUAUGGCGUACGGAUUGUGGCCAGGUCCGUUUGAAUCAGCGGGUGUACCCGUGUCAGCUUUGUGAGCUGUCUGUGACCAUGUGUCUUCACAGCCGCCUCUGCCUGUCCUUGCUUUUCUCAAGUGAUGUCUAGAAUGAACGUGGUUUUUGGAAAAGCAGAAUGAAAAACUAAAAAGUGUAUCUUACACCUUUUCCUUACCCCAUGGAUAUUUUAUUUUUUGGUAGUUAAGGCAAAGUACCAGAAAAUUUGAAAUACCUGAAUACAUCAAGAUGUGCUUGUUUUGUUUUGUUUUGUUUCUUUCUUUAAUCCUCUGAGGUUCUGUGAUGAUAAUGGAUUGGUUAUCCUUUUGUUCUAGGUCCUCAUGUUUCUUUAUAAAAACCACGUCAUGGAAAAAAGCUACAAGGCGACAAGGGCCAAAAUCCAUUUGGGUACUCUCUGAAUCCUGAUUUUAAUUGCUAGAAUUCACCUAAAUUCUUGAGCUUCAUGAUAUAGGGACACGUGGAAUGAAAUAGAAACUGAACUAAUUAUGUUCACAUUUGGUAGACGUUAAAACCAUGUAAUGGCUCCUAGAGAUUUUCAGCAGUGAAAAACAUCUCAAACCAGAUCGUCCCUGACAGUUUGCUACUCUCCUUUUUCCUCUCAGGCUCCUGUCCUCAGCCUGCACCCCAGGUGCUCAGACCUGGGGUUCCCUGCAUUCCUGCUGAAGCUUGUCAUUUCUAUCCCCUCCUGCCCCAGGCUCCUGCCUUGUUCCCCCUUGAAACCAGUGGAUCCCGUACUUCCAUCUCUUGAGGAUAAGUGUUGGCUAGAGUAGAAGUUGGUGGGUCUGAGCUACACUAAACCGAGAAUGGGAAAGGUCUAGAAGAGAGUAUUGGACCUCUGUCAUCAGUAUAUAUUGCAUUGCAGCUCUGGUUCCAGUGCCCUUUCUAACCUGCGGAAUGACUCAUUUGUUUGGCUUACGGUGAAUAUCACUGGGCUCUUCAGUCCUUUCUCUCCAAGACUCAGUGUCUCUCCUGCAUGAGAAAGGAUCAGAGUGCUGCUCACCUCUCCCUGCCCCUGGAGUUCAUACACAGUGAUCCUCACUUGGUGAAUGGGAAGCAUAACAACACUGUUCGUCUGGGCAAGCUCCUUAUAACUUGCUAUAUACCUAGAAAUACAUGGUUUAGGGCUGAGGCCAAGGCAGGUUGCUUGUCCUUCCCCACUGAAUUGAAGACAGCUAGACUCACUGUGCAAAUCCGAAGUCAUUACCUCCCUCCCCACCCCCAUUCCCCACCCUACCUGGGCAUGUGGGGGCGACCUCAACACUGCCCUUUGUCACAUAUCCACUUGUUGGUGGCACUGGAGACCCUGGGUAAAUGUGCACUAUUUGUCAAUGCCAGGACUGUUCUCAGAUGUGAAAAGCAGUCAGAGUUGGUCAUGCUCUGUCCAGUCAUUUUAGCUCCUCUGCCUGGGGGAGGGGAAACUAAAGGCUAGUUGGAAGGGGAGGUUAGAUGUGUUCCCUUCAGCCCUUCCCGACUGGCAGAGUAAUGGGGAGAUGCCCCUUUCCUCAACUAAAGCCUAGUCAUUGGUUAGAAAACUCUUAAGUAUCUGGACUCAUCUAUGCCUCACCACGUCUUUUGAAUUGUAGUCUGUCUCAGGACACGUUUUCCUGUCUCGGAUAAGCCAGUUCACUUACAAACCGGUUUCAGAUCAAGCUUCGCUUGUGGAAAAUGGAGAUUCUGGUGGUGAUUAUGACGGCACUUCUCUUGUGAGUGGCCCUCCUAGACGAACAGUACUAUAAAAAUACUCUUAGACGACUUAGCUAGAAUUCUGACAUUAGGUAGAGCUUGUGCAUUACGUGUGCAUGGAUUAGUACCCAGAUACAGUUGAAGUCAUCUGUGUGUUGAAUGACAGAAGCCUGGAUUUGAGAUUGUGGCCCUGGAUAUCUGGAUAGUUGUGUGUUUAUGUGCUUUGGUGACAGAGGUGCUGUGUUCCGACAGCUUAGACUCUGAAGCAGCCAUUCACGGAAAAGGUUAAGGGCGAAAGGAUCAGCCCUGUUUUCCAUACCAGCAUUACUUCAUGGCUCAUGGAUCUGAAGGACUGCUUUUAAGAACGUCUGGUACUAUCGUACUCGGAAACCGUGGUCAAAGUCACAUUGUUAAAACUUGAGGCAACUUGUAUUCUUGUGGGAAAUCAUUAGUCCUGUAAUUUCUUAAUUGUCUUCAUACAGACCAUGUAUAAAGAACAUGACCGCCCUCUCUACAUUUGAAUAAUCAGAUGUAGGUUAGUGAAGGAGACUAGGGAAUAUUUUCUUUCAAAAGGAAUUUGAAAUCAGUUUUAUAGUAUUUUUUAAAUUAAAGUACUCCCUAACAUAUCAAAAUGCAGAUGUUAUCUCAGAUUUUUUGACUGCUCAAGCACAUAAUCUGAUAAGGCUCUUUUUUUCUGUUUAAAGUAAUUUUUAUUUUCUGUUUUCAACCAUUU